CUCUCGGGAAGGAGAAUACAGGUCAAUCCGUCAGCUCGUCAAGACAAGCUCACACGGCGUCCAGCUCCAACCUCGCAACAGCUCUUUUCUUCCUGCUUUGCUCCUCGACUCGUCCCUGCAGAUUUUGCUCGUCAGGAUGCCGUCCACCAACGGAAGCAGCACGCUCAACGGCGGGGCCGGAGUGCUUGACCACACCAAGGCCCUCGAUCUCCUCAAGGAGUACCAGAGCCGUGAUGGUCUGGGCAUUGAGGACCUGGUUGACACCAAGCAGCAGGGUGGUCUCACCUACAACGACUUCCUCAUCCUGCCUGGCUACAUUGGCUUCGCCGCCUCCGAGGUCAGCCUCGACUCGCCUGUCACCAAGCGCAUCACCCUCAAGACCCCCUUUGUGUCGUCUCCCAUGGACACUGUCACGGAGCACGACAUGGCCAUUCACAUUGCCCUCCAGGGUGGUCUCGGUGUCAUCCACCACAACUGCUCGGCCGACGAGCAGGCCGAGAUGGUUGCCAAGGUCAAGCGUUACGAGAACGGCUUCAUCAUGGAUCCCGUGGUCAUCAGCCGCGAGACCACCGUCGAGGAGGCUAGGGCCCUCAAGGAGAAGUGGGGUUUCGGCGGCUUCCCCGUUACUGAGAAUGGCAAGCUCGGCUCCAAGCUCCUUGGUAUCGUCACCAACCGUGAUCUCCAGUUCGAGGACACCAACCAGACCGUCGACAAGGUCAUGGUCACAGACCUCAUCACCGCCGCCCACGGAAUCGACCUGCUCGAGGCCAAUAAGAUUCUGGCCAAGUCCAAGAAGGGCAAGCUCCCUCUUGUCGACAAGGACUUCAACCUGGUGUCUAUGAUUUCGCGCUCGGAUCUGACCAAGAACCUCCACUUCCCUCUUGCGUCCAAGCUCCCCGACUCAAAGCAGCUCAUCUGCGCUGCUGCCAUUGGAACGCGCCCCGAGGACAAGACCCGCCUCAAGAAGCUGGUCGACGCCGGCCUUGACAUUGUUGUGCUCGACAGCAGCCAGGGUAACAGCAUGUACCAGAUUGACAUGCUCAAGUGGAUCAAGUCCGAGUUCCCUGGCCUCGACGUCAUCUGCGGUAACGUCGUGACUCGUGAGCAGGCGGCCAACCUCAUUGCUGCUGGUGCCGAUGGCCUGAGAAUUGGCAUGGGCAGCGGCAGUGCCUGCAUUACGCAGGAGGUCAUGGCCGUCGGUCGCCCUCAGGCUGCUGCCGUCUACGCCGUCUCGUCUUUCGCUGCUCGCUUCGGCGUCCCCUGCAUUGCGGACGGCGGUAUCCAAAACGUCGGCCACAUUGUCAAGGGUCUGGCUCUCGGCGCCUCCACCAUCAUGAUGGGUGGUCUGCUGGCCGGUACCACCGAGUCGCCCGGUACUUCAUUCGUGUCCCGCGAGGGCAAGCUCGUCAAGGCGUACCGUGGCAUGGGCAGCAUCGACGCCAUGCAGGACAAGAAGGCCGGCGGCGGCGGCAAGAACAGCCAGGCCAGCAACGCCGGCACUGCGCGGUACUUCAGCGAAGGCGACAGCGUCCUGGUUGCACAGGGUGUCUCUGGCGCCGUCGCGCACCGCGGCUCCAUCAACAAGUUUGUGCCCUACCUGGCCGCCGGUCUGAAGCAUUCGAUGCAGGACUGUGGUGUCAAGAGCCUGCGGGAGCUCCACGAGAGCGUCGCGGCUGGCACCGUCCGCUUCGAGAUCCGCACUGCCAGCGCCCAGCUCGAGGGUGGUGUCAACAUGGAGAGCUACGAGAAGAAGCUGUACGCUUAGAUGCGUUAUUUGGGAUUCCGGAGUGUUCCCAUAUGCGCGUGUGUGCGGACACCACGCACACACACACACUAUACAAAUGAUAACGAUGAUGCAUGCAUGAUUUUGGAAUUGGGAGGUACGAUUGGGCUGCGCUUUCAGUAGCAGAAAGGGACAAGGGAUUUUGCAUGAAAAAAGUUGGGUUCUAGUUCUUGCUGCGAGACUCAUAUAUCACAACGGCGUUUAUUCUUUUCUCUGGUGUGUUUUGGGAGGAUUUGGAAUAGGAUGGAUGAUGGUGGGUCUGUAAGGGCAAGGGAAGGGUUUGGCUAGUAGCACGACAGCAACAAAACUUUUUCCCUUGCUUGUCGUUGCUAGAAGCAGACAGACAGAGGUUCGCUAUUAGCGCAAUGGAAGAAGAAAACCGUAUUCCACCUCGAUUAUACAUAUCAUGACAAAUAUCUUCACCCUACACACUUAUGCGCUUUCAAUGGAUCAAUAUGUCCGCUGC